AUGCGUUCCAAUCUGGCAGAGGACUCUUUCGCAAUGCAGGCGUCGCCAUCCAAGGCCCGGGCAGUCGCCCUGGAGUCACACUCGUGGUCUCUCGUUCUCGACUGGCUCUCGACGUUGUACCAGCCUUCACCCAUCCCGGCGUUUGAGCGCAAUGCGUUUACCCUCCAAGCUCUGCAAAGCCUCAUGGGCGAAAACAUCGCAGCGGAGCGACUGAGGAGCCUAGUACACGAAGCCCAGCUCGAGGAGCUCACGACGAACUCGGGAAAUCAAGACACCACGUCCGCGCAGAACAACAACACCGACCACCAUGACAACCUCCGAAGAAUCAGCGCAACAACAGACGACUCUUGGACCACGCUCCUGUACGAGGUCCAGUCGUGUCUUCCACCACCAUCACGCGCCGCACUAGACAGUAUAUCUGACGCUGCCGUUCUCGCCGGCUGUUGUUCCUCCUCAUCCUCCUCCCUGUGCCCAUCAGCAGCACCAUCUCAGAAUACAGUCCUACAGGGUCUACAAUCUCACAUAACCAAUCUUCCAGUUCAAACCUUCAGACUCGAGACGCAACUCGCGUCCAUCGAUGGCCUUAUAUCGACUCUCCAAGGAGAAAUCAAACGGAUCCAAUCGACAAGGUCACACAAGAGAUCCCAAUCCCAAUCUCGACCCCAGCGACGGAACGAAUCGGCCCAAUCCCGCAGUGGUGGCGGUGGCGGUUCGCUCUCGUCCUCGUCACCACCCCGUACUCCAACCACAGUCUCGAAGAUGAUAUUUCCAAACGAUGAUGCUGAUGAUGACGACGACGAGGACGACGACGGCCAAGACAACGACGGAUACCACGCCGCUCUACACGCCGAGACUGUCCAGCACCAACGUGAAACGAAACAACUCGCACUCAAAUGUGCAGAGUACACGGACCGCAUCGCCACGCUUGAACGACACGCUUCACCUUCGUCGUCGUCGUCCACUACCCCUACCACGGCCACGGCCAACGUCAACGCCGACCAACCCACACUCUCUGACGUCGCGGAGAAACAAGUCCUCGUCGCCCAGAAACGCAAACAGCUCGAUCAUCUAAAACGAAGAAUCCUGGCGUUUCACAACCUCCCGCCUGACCUCGACGCGAGUCGAGCCGAAGUCCAACGCGCACAGGCGGACCUGGAAAGGCUGAAGAAUAAAAGAGACGACUUGUUCGCGCAGUUGGCUUCGUAG